CUGUUUGUUCUCUCCUCCCCCAGCGCUUUCCUAUGGCUGUGAUCACAGUGACUUGGAUAGUUACUCCUAUCCCUGCUACCUCCAGUGGGUUUACAAACAGAUUUCCAUAGGUGUCUACACACAACUGGGACUCCCUAGACUCAUAAUAGGGAAUGCAUUGCCUAAAUUCCGCCCCCCUCCCCUUAAGCAUAUUUCUGUAAGAAAAGAAUUAUAAAGCACCCCUCCCCCCCGCAUCAGUGGCACAUUUCUGGACUACAUACAACCCCCUGGUGUAUUUCAGAGAGUUAAUUUGUCCCCCCGGACUACAUUUCCCCUGGCACCUUGGUACAAUUUACAGGCAGCUUGGUCUGCUCUGGCAUGGCUGAUUUGUAUGGUGUGGUGUACUGGCAGAAAAGGCAAGGCUGCUUCCACCAGGAGACAUCAAACAGUUCCUCAGAGUAUGGACCCUGGCCAUGUUGUGGCUGCUCUGGCAGGAAAGCUUCCUUGGGGACUGGCAAACGCCAUGGAUACAGCUAGUCACAGUCUAGUCCUCCUGCAGCAGUUGAACAUGCAGCGUGAGUUUGGUUUUCUCUGUGACUGUACAGUUGCAAUAGGAGAUGUUUACUUCAAGGCCCACAGAGCAGUGCUAGCUGCUUUUUCAAACUACUUUAAGAUGAUAUUUAUUCACCAGACAAGUGAAUGCAUAAAGAUUCAGCCUACAGAUAUCCAGCCAGACGUAUUCAGCUACCUGUUGCACAUCAUGUACACUGGAAAAGGUCCAAAGCAGACAGUCAAUCCCAGCCGGCUGGAGGAGGGCAUUCGAUUUCUCCAUGCAGACUACCUUUCCCAUCUUGCAAUUAAAAUGAACCAGAUAGUUUCCCCAGAGACUAUGCAGUCUUCAAACUUAUAUGGAAUUCAGAUCUCAACUGCACACAAAGCAACAAAGGAAAGUCUUGGAGCAAACGAAAAUCUGACAAAUGCCAGCAACAGGUCUGCUAACCAGGGCGAUCACCCACAGUUACAGCUCUCACUUGCCAUUGGACUAGAUGACGGUACCCUUGAACAACAGAUCACCCAUCCUUCCACCCAAGCAGCUGGGGCUGUCAAACCAGUGGAGGAGCUUCAGAAAUCAUGUGUGUCUAUAAAGCAGGAGAAAUGUGACCGCGAGCCAGUGGUGUCCCAAAGUCACACGUCGCCCUCUCCAGAUGUUUCUAAAACUAAUCUCAACGUGCAUUUAUGUCAUUACUGUGGGGAGUGUUUUGAUUCCCAUGGCAAUUUGCGGGAACACCUGCACACUCAUGUCUCUGGCUCACUUCCCUUUGGCGUCCCAGCCUCCAUCCUGGAGAGCAAUGACCUUGGUGAAGUGCAGCCUAUUACUGAAAAGCGGGAAGCUAUUGAAAGUCACCGGCUCGGUGCCUUCUUAAUGAAAGAGAAUGAGCAUCCAUCAGAACAUCCAAGCCAUAGUAACACUGAGCCAUUACAGUAUGGACAGUUGUCACUAAUCUCCAAAGACACUGAGCCUGUGGAGUUAAACUGCAACUUCUCUUUUUCAAGAAAGAGAAAAAUCAGUUGCACAGUCUGUGGCCACAAAUUUCUCCGAAAGAGCCAGUUGCUGGAACACAUGUACACACACAAAGGGAAACAAUUCAAAUACAACCGAUGCCAAAGGUUUGGUAACCCAGUACCCCACAGGUUUCAUCCUUAUUGUGACAGUUGGUCUGACUGUACAGUAAAAAGUUCCAGGCUCUCUCAAGAUCACCUAGAUUCAUCAUGUGCAGUGGAGUCUGAUCUUGCUCCAGAAAAUGUUGAUGCAAUCCUCGUAGAAUAGCUUUGUAUGUUGCCUCUGAUGAACUGAAAGCGUGAAUGCUUCAAUUUGUUUGUGUCCUUCCAUUUUGCUGAAUGUUCUGGGUACUCUUCUGAAGUUUUCUCUUUGCCUAACAGCUCUGUCUUCAGCGAGAUGAGACUGUAACAAUUAUGUGCCCCCUUUUACUUGGAUAUUUAAACCUUAAAAUCCAAGUUGGUUAGAGAACUAUUUGUUGGCGGUGUCCAGUUAACUUAGAUCCGUCUUUCAUAAAUGACAACUUAAUUGACCUGUGCUACCCAAGAUGAGAUUGUAGAAGUUAGUGAGUGUGGGGUUUAAACAUUUUGUAUACUGAGCAGAACUUUAGGACUGUGUGUGUGUCCUUAGAAUUAUUCUGAAACCAAAGUGGGUAGAAUGUGUUCAGAGGAUAUUACUUUUCUUGAUUAGUUUAAUAUCAAUUCCCUAGAAAGAGAGGCUAACCCAAAGUAUAGAAGACAGGUGGGAAAUGAACAGCACAUAAACCUCAGGCUGUUCCCUUCUCCUGGUAAUCCCAGGGGUUGAUGUAGAGACAGUGGCCCUGGUUCAGCAAGUGUUCGCAGUCCCAUUGACUGAAUACAUUCUUUAAGUGUGACAUCUGCUUAAGUGCUUUGCUGCAGGAGGACUAAUGUGCAUCCUGCCCCAUUCCAAGCCCAGCAGGCCUCCCCCUGCUUGAUCAGUCCCCUCCACAAAUGUGGAACCAAAUCCUACUGAAGCUCUUCAAAGGGUCCCAUUAAUGAACCUUCCUCUGUAAGAUGGAAUGAGAUCCAAGUGAAGAGUCUCCUCCAAGAGGAUCUAGGGCAGUGGUUCUCAGCCAGGGGUCUGCAGUGCCCCCCCACCGCGUGAGGCUGAAGCUGGAAGGUAUGGGUCUGAGCCCCAGAGCCCCAGUGCUCCCUGUGGAGCAGAAACCCUGAGCCCAUGGUGGGCAGAGUUGGAGACAUGGAGGGCAUUGCCCCCUCUCACCCAAACUGCAGUGCAAGAUCAAGGCAGUCCCAGGGGCACCUCCACACCUCCCCUGAGUCCCCUCACCAUCUCCUUUCCCCAUCCCCUGGCCAGGUUGGAGGUGGGAAGCCAGAGCCAGGCACUGUGGGGCAGCUGCUGCUCUGGCUGGUGCUAUGGAGCAGGCAGCUGCAGCGUUCCUUCCUCUCCUGCUCAUGUCCCAGGUUGAAGCUGCUCAUCAGCUCCCACCCUUCUUUGCUCCUGCAGAGCAGCUGGUAAGAGCCCCCUGGGUGGGGAGACCCGGCUCCAUGGUUGGCAGAUCCUUCCGGCAACAGGGACAGCAGGGGAGUCCUCCCAGCACACAGCCCUUAAUACUCCCUACACCCUGAGCCCCUAGUGCCCCUCUCCCUGCCUGCACACAGCCCCUAGCUACCCCCUCCCUGCAC